AUGGACUCUGCUGGUAAGAUCGGCCAUCAUACCAUGACAGCUGACAUGUCAGAAGCUGGGGGAUUGUCUCUGGAACCUCUAGUCACUUGCAAGCUAUGUCUCUGUGAACAUUCUCUUGAUAAGAUGACUGCUCUUCAAGAAUGCAGCUGCAUCUUCUGUACAGCGUGCCUAAAGCAGUAUAUGCAGCUGGCAAUUCGAGAAGGCUGUGGUUCUCCCAUCACUUGUCCAGACAUGGUGUGCUUGAACCAUGGGACCCUACAAGAACCAGAGAUUGCCUCUUUGGUACCUGUUGAUCAGUUUCAGUUAUACCAGCGACUGAAAUUUGAACGAGAAGUCCACUUGGACCCAUGCAGAACAUGGUGCCCUGCUGCUGACUGCCAGACCAUGUGCCAUGUUGAACUGAGUGACUCAGGACAACCAGUGCCUGUGGAAUGCCCAGCUUGUCAUCUGAAAUUCUGUUCAUCCUGCAAAGAAGUAUGGCACCCAGAGCGCUUGUGCCAGGAAAACCAACCCAUUGUAAUACCAACUGAGCAGGGAGCACUUACCAGGAUUGACACAGAGGCUCCAAUUAAACAGUGCCCAGUGUGCCGGAUCUAUAUUGAACGAAAUGAAGGCUGCGCUCAAAUGAUGUGUAAGAACUGCAAGCAUACAUUUUGCUGGUACUGCCUACAGAACUUGGAUAAUGAUAUCUUCUUAAGACAUUAUGACAAAGGCCCCUGCAGAAACAAACUGGGCCAUUCUCGAGCCUCGGUUAUGUGGAACAGAACACAGGUUGUGGGGAUCCUGGUGGGACUGGGUAUCAUAGCACUGGUGACUUCUCCCUUGCUGCUUGUGGCAUCUCCAUGCAUCAUCUGCUGUGUCUGCAAAUCCUGCAGGGGCAAAAAGAAAAAGCAUGACCCACCGACAACCUAA